GGGGUGCUGUAGCGUUUCAAUAAGUGACCAGCGUGUAACCGUUGCUGAGGCGCCCUGCCUAUUUUACCGGGAUAGUUUUAACAGCACAGAACUAUCAAAAUGUCUAGCAAAAGGGCUAAGGGGAAAACCACCAAAAAGCGCCCCCAGCGGGCUACCUCAAACGUGUUUGCCAUGUUCGACCAGUCACAAAUCCAAGAAUUCAAGGAAGCCUUCAAUAUGAUUGACCAGAACCGUGAUGGCUUCAUAGAUAAGGAGGAUCUACAUGAUAUGUUGGCCUCAUUAGGUAAGAACCCUACAGACGAAUACCUUGAGGCGAUGAUGAAUGAAGCCCCUGGUCCCAUAAACUUCACAAUGUUCCUCACAAUGUUUGGAGAGAAACUUAAUGGCACAGACCCUGAAGAUGUCAUCAAAAAUGCCUUUGCUUGUUUUGACGAGGAGGGCACAGGUUUUAUUCAGGAGGACUACCUGAGGGAGCUCUUAACCACCAUGGGUGACAGAUUCACAGAUGAAGAAGUAGACGAGCUAUUUAGAGAGGCCCCAAUUGACAAGAAAGGAAACUUCAACUAUGUGGAAUUCACACGUAUCCUGAAGCACGGUGCUAAAGACAAGGAUGAUUAGGACAGGGCUGGACACUAUACUGACUCUAAUGCAACUACACUGUAAUACUACAACGUGUUUAAUUGUCUCCUUUUCCCACAUUCAUGGGUUAGUGCAAGGCAAUACAUUAGAAAGGCAAGAUCAUUUGACCUUACUUAUGGACUUAUUUAAACAGUACAAGUAAACUUGUACAUAAAUAUGAAAUACACAUAAAUACAAGUACUCUGUGAGAAACCUCAAACAUUUGCUGUUCUGGUAUGUAAAUGUUGGGAAAUAAAUCCUGGAAUUAUGACUUCAAUGUAGUUGCUGGGCAUUUACGUUUUGUAAUUAAUAAACUAUUUGAAAAUAAAGGUA